CCCCCUUUCUCCUCUCUCCCCCCCCCGCAGCCAUCAUCCUCCGCAACCUGCACCCCCAGAGCAGCCUGGAGUCCAUCCUGACCGCGCUCGCCCCCUUCGCCGCGCUCUCGGCCGCCAACGUCCGCGUCAUCAAGGACCGCCAGACCCAGCUCAACCGCGGCUUCGCCUUCGUGCAGCUCAGCACCAUCGUGGAGGCCUCGCAGCUGCUGCAGAUGCUGCAGGCGCUGCACCCCCCGCUGCACAUCGACGGCAAGAGCAUCAACGUGGAGUUCGCCAAGGGCUCCAAGCGCGAGGCCCCACCCCUGAGCCGCGGCCAUGACCCCGCCCCCAGGGAGGCGCAGGGGGCGGGGCCAGGGGAGGGCCCCCCCCGCGCCAGCGCCGCCUCCGUCGCCUCGACCGCCAUCGCCGCCGCCCAAUGGGCGCUGUCCCAGGCCGCCCCUGGCUCUGACACCACGUGGGCCGGGGGGGAGGAGCCUCCCAGCGACUUUGGCAGCUUCUACCAAUCAGAGGAGACCUUCAGCGGCCCCGCCCCUUCCCUCUACGGCUCCGCCUACCUGAAGGGCUCCGCCGCCCCGCCCCCUGGCCCCACCCACUCUGGCCCCGCCCCUCCCAAGGCUGAUGGCCCCGCCCCUGGUGUGGAGGAGCCCCCAGUGCUGAGCCUCGAGCACACAGCGGGGGGGGGCCCCUUCUCCCGCCCCCCCCAAGGGGCGCCCUCUUAUCCCCCCCCCACUGCUGAGACCCCCAGUGCUGCCCCACAGGGUGCCCCCCCCCAGGCUUAUACAGGGCCCCUCAAGGCUGAGACCCCCAGCCCAGCCCCCAGCGGGCCCCCCCCCACGGCCCCCCCCAGCUCUGAGCCCUAUGGACAGUACCCGGUCCCUGAUGUCUCCACCUAUCAAUACGAUGAGACCUCCGGCUAUUACUACGACCCCCUCACCGGGCUCUAUUACGAUCCCCACUCCCAGUACUAUUACGAUGCCGGCACCGGGCAGUACCUGUACUGGGAUGGGGAGCGCCGCACCUACGUGGCCGCCCCCCCCGCCGAGCCCCCCCCCGGCCCCCCCGGGCCCCCCAAGGAGCCCAAGGACAAGAAGGAGAAGCACAAGACCAAGACAGCGCAGCAGAUCGCCAAGGACAUGGAGCGCUGGGCGCGCAGCCUCAACAAGCAGCGCGAGAGCGGGCGCAGCGCGGGGCCCCCCCCUCCCCCCCGCGAGGACGAGCGGCGCGAGGCGGCCGCCGCCGACGCCGGCUACGCCAUCCUCGAGAAGAAGGGUGCUCUGGCUGAGCGGCAGCACCCACCCAUUGAGCUGCCCAAGCUGGCGAGUGACGAGCGGCUGAGCCCCCCCCGCGGGCUCGUCGCCGCCUACAGCGGGGAGAGCGAGAGCGAGGAGGAGGCGGAGCGAGGGGCGGAGCGAGGCCCCGAGGCGCUCCCUGAUUGGCUGAAGCUCGCGUGCCUGCUCUGCCGCCGCCAGUUCCCCACGCGCGCCGCGCUCCUGCGGCACCGGCAGCUCUCGGGGCUGCACCGGCAAAACCUGGAGCUGCAGCGCCGGAAUCAACCCCCCCCCGCCGAGGGGCUGGACCGGGGCGACAUGGAGAUGAAGUACCGGGACCGCGCAGCCGAGCGCCGGGAGAAGCAGGGGGGCCCCGACCCCCCCGAGCCCAAACGGCGCAAGUUUGGGGGCCCCUCCCCCACCUCCGGGUGAGCACCCAUUGAC